CGGCUAAGAGGCCCUGUCUUCCCUGGACGCAUCCACUCUCCAGCCGGCCGCCGCCCGCCGCCCCUUCCGUGCCGCCCAGCCUCGCCCGCGCCGCCACCAUGAGCCAGGCCUACUCGUCCAGCCAGCGCGUGUCCUCCUACCGCCGCACCUUCGGCGGGGCCGGGGGCUUCCCACACGUCUCCCCGCUAAGCUCGCCCGUGUUCCCGCGCGCGGGCUUCGGCACCAAGGGCUCCUCGAGCUCGGUGACGUCCCGCGUGUACCAGAUGUCGCGCACGUCGGGCGGGGCCGGGGGCCUGGGGGCGCUGCGGGCCAGCCGGCUGGGGUCGGCCCGCGCGCCCUCCUCCUACGGCGCGGGCGAGCUGCUGGACUUCUCGCUGGCCGACGCCGUGAACCAGGAGUUCCUGACCACGCGCACCAACGAGAAGGUGGAGCUGCAGGAGCUCAACGACCGCUUCGCCAACUACAUCGAGAAGGUGCGCUUCCUGGAGCAGCAGAACGCGGCGCUCGCCGCCGAGGUGAACCGGCUCAAGGGCCGCGAACCGACGCGGGUCGCCGAGAUCUACGAGGAGGAGCUGCGCGAGCUGCGGCGCCAGGUGGAGGUGCUCACCAACCAGCGCGCCCGCGUGGACGUCGAGCGUGACAACCUGCUGGACGACCUGCAGCGGCUCAAGGCCAAGCUGCAAGAGGAGAUUCAGUUGAAAGAAGAAGCAGAGAACAAUUUGGCUGCCUUCCGAGCGGACGUGGAUGCGGCUACUCUAGCUCGAAUUGACCUGGAGCGCAGGAUUGAAUCUCUCAACGAGGAAAUUGCAUUCCUUAAGAAAGUGCAUGAAGAGGAGAUCCGAGAGCUACAGGCUCAACUUCAGGAGCAGCAGGUACAGGUGGAGAUGGACAUGUCCAAGCCGGACCUCACCGCAGCCCUCAGGGACAUCCGGGCUCAGUAUGAGACCAUUGCGGCUAAGAACAUCUCAGAAGCUGAGGAAUGGUACAAGUCCAAGGUGUCCGACCUGACCCAGGCAGCCAACAAGAACAACGACGCAUUGCGCCAGGCCAAGCAGGAGAUGAUGGAGUACCGACACCAGAUCCAGUCCUACACCUGUGAGAUCGACGCCCUCAAGGGCACUAAUGAUUCGCUGAUGAGGCAGAUGCGCGAGAUGGAAGACCGCUUUGCUAGUGAGGCCAGUGGUUACCAGGACAACAUUGCGCGUCUGGAGGAAGAGAUCCGGCACCUCAAGGAUGAGAUGGCCCGCCACCUGCGCGAGUACCAGGACCUGCUCAAUGUCAAGAUGGCCCUGGAUGUGGAGAUUGCCACCUACCGGAAGCUGCUGGAGGGCGAGGAAAGCCGGAUCAACCUCCCCAUCCAGACCUUCUCUGCUCUCAACUUCCGAGAAACAAGCCCGGAGCAAAGGGGUUCUGAGGUCCAUACCAAGAAGACGGUGAUGAUCAAGACCAUCGAGACCCGGGAUGGGGAGGUUGUUAGUGAGGCCACACAGCAGCAACACGAGGUGCUCUAAAGCCAGAGACCCCUCUGCCACCAGAGACCAUCCUUGCCCCUGUCCUCACUGCCUCCUGAAGCCAGCCUCCUUCCAUCCCAGGGCACCACACCCAGCCACAGUGCUCCCCUCACAGCCUCUGACCCCUGCUCACCGACCACCACGCGUGGCCCCCACAGGGGCCAUGGCCCACCCCUGCCCAGGCACAGGCAGCCCCACCCAUGUGAGUCCUGGAUGUUGGAAAUGAG